AUGGCAUCUUCUUCCUCAUCUCCCCAACAAUAUGAGGAUAGUUUUGCGAGUGAACCUCCUAGCAAGAGGAUAAAAUCAGCCACAUCUCUGUAUGACGUAUUCAUCAACCAUCGAGGAUCAGAUGUUAAACAAUCUCUAGUAAGAGAGCUUUACAAUUCUCUGGAGGAGUCAAAUAUAAGGGUGUUUCUUGAUUCAGCAGUGUUGGAAUUCGGAGAAACGGUUCCUUCUACCAUUGCGAAUGUCAUUCAAUCUGCUCUAGUUCACAUAGUAAUAUUUUCAAAACAUUAUGCACAAUCUGCCUGGUGCCUAGACGAGCUUCUUUUAAUGUUACAAACACAUGCUACCAUCAUUCCUGUCUUUUAUGAUGUUAAGCCUUCAGAAAUCCGCAAACAAAAGGGUACAUAUACGGAUGCCCUCACGACAUACGAGAAGAAGGGCAAGCACCUGGACAAGCUUGACAAGUGGAGAGAAGCCCUCCAGGCUGUUUCAAAAAUCGAUGGCUAUUGCAAGAAUCAUCUGGAUGACAGCAGUCUCUGUAAGAAAAUAGUGUCGGCUGUACUAAGACAGCUGAAAAAGUCGUUCCCUUCUGCAAAAUAUCCCGUGGGCCUUGAUGAGCUUGUAGAAGAUUUUGAAAUCAGCUGCGAUCUGAUGAGAAAGAAAAAUGAGUCGGCGAAGUUCGUCGCCAUCUAUGGGAUGACCGGAAUAGGGAAAACAACCCUAGCCAGGGAAAUUUUCAAUCGUAAGCAAAGGGAAUAUGAGGCUUCAUCAUUUUUAUUUGAUGUGAGCAAAAAAUCUGGGAGAGGUCAGUUGCCUUCUCUACAAAUGAAACUAGUCAAAGAUCUGCUGCAUGAAACUCCUCCAGAAAUUUUUGAUGUCACACAAGGGAAAAGCAUUCUCAAGUCUCGUUUAAGAUGUCAUUCACCGAGCUUUCUAAUGGUCCUAGAUGAUAUUGAUCAUGUGGAGCAGUUGGAUGCUCUAGUAAUAACGAAUAAGCUAAACCAGCCUGGUAAGAAUCUUGUUAUCAUAACAACCAGUGAUGAACAAAUCCUUACAUGGGCGGGAAUCACAGAUCGUUAUCAUCUUAAAAAAAUGGACAGAAAAUUUGGGAGAAAACUUUUCUGCUGCCAUGCUUUCCAUGAAGCCCAUGCAUCUACUGGAUACGAGGAUCUCGUUGAGUCCUUUGUAGAUGUCUGCGAAGGGUUACCACUGUCUCUUCAGGUUCUAGGCAAGAAUGUUUAUGGCAAAACUAGGGAUAACUGGCAGCUAGAAUUGGAAAAAGUUAGUGAGACGCUUCCUCAGGAAUUAAAGCAGAAGCUGAGAAUAAGUUUCGACUCAUUGAAUGAGGAUGAGAAGCAGAUUUUUAUGGAUAUUGCGUGUUUCUUUGUAGACAAACAGAAGAGCGUAGCCUUAAGAGUAUGGGACGGAACUGGGUGGAGCGGCCUACAUGCACUGCAAAAUCUUAAAAACAAGGGUCUUGUGGAAGAGGUAGAACAGUUGAGUUGGAAUGGGCCACAAUGGCACGAUGACAGAGUCUCAUUGAGAAUGCAUCGCCAUCUGCGGGUUAUGGGGAGAGAAAUCGCUGAUGGAAUAGAUUUUCCUCGUCGAUUGUGGCGUCAUCAAGAUCUUAAAUCUCUGGCACCUUUCCUGUUGAAAGAGCUGCAGCUUUCAGGAACCUUUAUGGAAGAGUGUCCAAAGUUAUCCGGAAUAUCAAAGUUGGAAAAGUUAGUCUUAAAUGCUGAAGAAAUGCCAAUUGAUGGGUGGCCUUUAUUAGAAUCCCUCGGUGUUCAUCUUACAGGUUUGGUUUUGAGGGAAGACACAUUAAGUGGGCAGCUGGCUUCCAAUAAUACAAGAAAGUCUAAAAGCUUUGUUCUGUCGAAUUUCAAGUUGAAAGGUCUUCUGGCAUUGGUAACCGGAGUGCCUGGCCGGAGCAGCCUUGAAAAGGUAGAGAUCAGCAAGCAGAAUCUAGUUAGCGUGGUCAUAAUUAGUGGAAGUCAUUAUAAAAGCAUUAAAUCUCUCAAGCUGUAUCACAUGGAAAAUCUAUUUGAAGUGGAUUUGUCAUGUUUAACCAAACUGAAAGUUCUCAAGUUGAAGAACUGUAGUAAACUGAAAAGUGUGUCGGGAAUGUCUGAUCUUGCAAAGCUUGAAGUACUAGCCAUUCGGCAAUGUCCCCAGCUCAAUGGAUUGCCAAGUCUUUCCAGUCUCGAUCGUCUGGAAAGGGUUGUAAUUGAUCAAUUUACCAACAUUGGCAUUUCUAAGUUGUCUGGAGACAAUUAA